GCACACAUAUUUCCGGGUCUCUUCAGUUAGUUAGUAACCUUCCUAAGCAAAUUUGCCAAUUGGACCGCACCCCAGGGGCUGGGGGAAGGGGUGAGAGGGUGAGAGGGGCAGGAGUCACAUGGGAACGAGUCAGGUUGCUGUCACAUGGCUUGUGUUUGCAAGGCUGAGCCGACGGGAGGAGGGGUUUGGACAGAAGUUUGUGUAAGAAGAGAAACUGCGGUACUUUUUCAUGUAGCUCUUUAACAAGUUGAAACGCCGAAUCGGAUCAAGGAGGAGCUGCUUUGUCCAAACAGACAAUUAUGGAAAUCCCUGCCAUAAAUCUAAAGGCCAUCGUACUGGUGCACUGGCUUCUUACAGUCUGGGGGAGUAUGGUGUGGCCGCCAGUGGCCUUCACAUUGGCGAACCUUAGUGUUUUAGCAGUUGGAGUGUGGGCGAUUGCACAGAGGGACUCAGUAGAUGCAGUGAUCAUGUUUCUGAUAGGGAUGAUUUUGACAAUAUUGACCGACAUCAUCCAUCUCGGGAUAUUCUACCCACUUUUUCCCACAAGCAACUUGUUUCGCUUCAGCACAGGGAUGGCCAUCUUCAACCUGCUGCUCAAACCCGUGUCCUGCUUCUUUGUCUACCAAAUGUACCGCGAGCGAGGAGGAGAUUACAGCAUCAACUUUGGUUUCCCUUCUGUAUCACGAAACAGAGAUGCCUAUCAGUCCAUUGACCAGCAGGAUGACUCCUCUACCUCAGGAAAUCCCUUCAACCAGACCCCGGACAGCAAACCAGGAGUUCGCACUUACUGAACCAAGCAGCCGUUGAGCAAUGCAGUGUUUUCCUUUCAGCAACACCUGUCCAGCACUUUGGGACAAGUAUUAUAAUCGAUUCUGUGUCAUCCCUGUUUUGUACAGUUGGCGUGUAACUCUGAAAGUUUUAUUAUGCUAAGUAGUCAUUUGUUUGAACUUCAGAGUGAAAUGUGGCAUAAUUACACCCAUUUUCAUUUCAUACUUUGGCACAUACCUGCUGAACGCACGCAGAGGAAAAACUGCUCUCCCAUUCCCAUGCUGUGAUGCCGUACUUUUCACCUUCUAUUUUUAGUAGUCAGGUGUUGAAUCGAACUGCUGUGUCUACAGCGGUUUUGUUUUCUGUUACCUUUUUUAUUUCCCGGAAAUGUGGCACUUUCGGAUGCUAAGAGUCCGUUUCUCAUUUUGUAAGCAGUAGAUUAAUUUUUUUCAAUUGUUUUUUUUUUAUUUUAAAUAUUACAGUUCUGCUGACUAGACUGGAGGUUUUUGACAAAGGAGAAAUGAAAUUAAUGUCCAUUGCUGUGCCUUGGAAGUUACCCUUUGCUUUUGUAUUUUUUCACCCAAUGUGAAAUUUGAACUGCUUCAACCAAACUGAACGCAUAGCAAGAACUGUAGUUAAUGUUUCAUCUCCUAACUUGGCAUGAAAAUACACUCACUGCAAAGCAGAUGGGUCCUAUUCAUUUAUGCUGAUAUUUAGUGUCUUCAAAGUCCAUACUAAGACUUUUUUUCAUAUCAAGCUGCCAAUCUACCAAAAUGUAAAAUAUAGAGACUGCUGAUUUUUGUAACAUCACAUAAUCGUCAGUUAAUGAUUAUUAAAAAAAAGUAAAUGAU